AUGUCUCCUUCAGAAUUAGUCGAAUUGAAAAAGCAGCUAGAGGAUUUAUUGGAAAAGGGAUUUAUCCAACCAAGUGUGUCGCUGUGGGGAUCGCCGAUUUUGUUUAUGAGGAAGACAGAUGGAUACCAUCAACUGAGGGUACGAGCAGAGGACAUUUCAAAAACGGCCUUUCAAACUCGUUAUGGGCACUAUGAGUUUUUGGUGAUGCCUUUUGGACUAACAAAUGCUCCAGCUGUCUUUAUGGACUACAUGAACCGGAUCUUUCUACCCUAUUUAGAUAGAUUUGUGGUGUUGUACUCUAAACUGUCAAAGUACGAGUUCUGGUUGAAACAAGUGAAGUUCUUUGGUCAUGUUGUAUCUGUUCAGGGAAUAGCAGUAGAUCCCAACAAAGUGGACACAGUACUAAAGUGGGAAGUUCCUAGAUCAGUAACCAAGAUGGAGGAAUGUGAAGCAGCGUUCCAAGAGUUGGAGACCAGGUUGACUACAGCUCUGGUGCUUACUCUUCUAACCCUCAGAGUACCGUAUGUUUUAUACACCAAUGCUUCACUAAAGGGGUUGGGUUAUAUGAAAAGUGGUGCAUGUGUUCUGUAUGAGCUUAAAGGAACAAUUCUUGCUCAAGGAAUUAUUAGAGAUUCCAAUGACGGUCAGCUGGCAAGGAUUCGGGUUGAAUUGGAGAAUGGCCCAGUACAGGACUAUGAGAUUAGAGAUAUUGGCAUCCUGAAGUAUAAGAAUCGGAUUUGUGUUCCCCAUAAUGAGGAGAUUAAGAGAAUUAUCCUAGAAGAGGUUCACCGAAGCCAUUACGCCAUCCACCCCAAUGCCACCAAGAUGUACCAUGACCUAAAGCAGUAG